AUGCCGAUGCCGAUGCCGACGCUCGACCACGAAGUGAAGACGAAGCUGAGAUUGUCGCAGGUGGCCCGCCCGCCGAAGCUGAUGUUGCAAAAGCCGUUGCCCGAGCUGCCAGCGCUGGAGUCGCCGACGCCGCUCGGCGCCGGCUACCAGUUGAGCCGGGUGCUGACGACGAAGACGGUCGACCUGGCGCGGUACCAGGUCGACACCCAGUACCGCGUCAAGUUGCAAUUGCUGGCGAAGGAGAUCGAGUUGUUGCGCUACUCGUGGAACAAGAUGUUGAUGGACGAGCCCAUCACCGAGCGCAAGCUGGUGUUCCCGCAGAUGCCUGGUGCGUUUGCCAUGGAAGAAGAGAAAGAAGUGCUGCGGCCCCAGGUGAGACAGACGCUGCUGCUGACGGUGGCGCUGCUGUUGUUCUGCCGUCAAUUGUACACUAACUUGUUGCAGAUGAAGCCCGUCUACGGUAAGAUGUUCCCGCUGAUCCACCACCAGGCGGUGUCGUUCGCCGGGGUGAUUCUGUUUGCCCUUUCUCAAUUGGAACGGCUCGAUGCCAUUGACCAAUACUUGUGCAAUUUGGGUAAGCGCCACCUGCGUAUUUUGGGCAUUGAGCCCGAGAUGUUCGAGACGUUAGGCGAGGCUUUAAUUGACACUUUCCACGAACGGUUUGGCAUUCGCUUCACCCAGGAGCUCGAGGUGUUGUGGAUCCAACUCUACAUGUACCUUGCCAACCUGAUCCUCCAGUUUGGCAUGGACCCCAAGCUUCGCCUUGACGACUCCCCGCACGCCGCCCCGCUGGUGGAACAGAGCUCGCAAGUGCAGCAGCCGGCGGAGCUGAUCUUCUCCACCGAGGAGCUGGUGAUGGACCUCGACCUGAAGCGGGGGCUGGUGCUCACCCAGCUGACGGCGCCGCUGGUGGCGGAAACCCCCGUGCCGGCGAAGCCGGUGAAGGAAUCGCUGCUUGGCCUGAUGAAGACCAAGAUCCGCAAGACGAGACGCGACUGCGUCAUCAUGUAA